GAAUUUCAUCGGCGGAGAGAUGAGCAUCAGUGCGUCAUAUCCACCGGCUUUCCGGCGUGCGAUCAACAACGGAGACCAGACGGAGAUCGAACCGGCUCUUGAUCAGGACAAGGAUAUUCAUAUCCUCGUUCUCGAUUUGGAGCGUUUGGACAAGCAGAUACUAACCGAGGCAUGCAAGGAGUCGGGGAUUUUCCGUCUGGAGAAUCACGGAGUACCGUUGGAGUUGACGUCACAGCUUCAGGAGCUCUCGGAAUCGUUGCUGAGUCUAUCGUUUGAGGAAAAACAGGAGUUGUUCGCCGCCGUUAACUCUCCGUUAUCAUAUUGGGGAACACCUGCUCUAAACCGUUCGGGAGAUGCAUUCAAGAGAGGAACUCAAGCUUCAAACGUGAACAUGGUCGAAGGUUUCAACGUCCCUCUCUCUUCUCUCUCGAAGCUUCCAGUUUCUACUUGCGACGAUGGUGCUCAACAUUCAAAACUAGAGCCUUUCAGAGUGUUGAUAGAGGAAUAUGGAAGGCACAUAACUAGAAUUGCUGUAUCCUUGUUUGAAGCUAUAGCACAAGCACUAAACCUAGAAUUAUCCGGUGACCAGAGAUCAGAACUCUUAUCGGAGUCAACAGGGCUCAUACGAGUUUACCGGUAUCCUCAGAGCUCCUCUGUAGAGGCAGAAAGAGAAGCUCUGGGAAUGGAAGUCCACACGGAUAGUUCGGUUAUCUCAAUAUUAAAAGAAGAUGAAACCGGAGGGCUUGAGAUCAUGAAAGGUGAAGAAUGGUUGCGUGUAAAACCUCGUGCGAAUACUCUCAUCAUCAAUCUAGGAGAUAUGAUGCAGGGAAAUUAACGUAUAUAUUUAUGAGCUAUAAGCGACGAUGAGUACAAGAGUGUGAAGCAUAGAGUGAAGAAGAAGGAUAGGACGAGAGAAAGACACUCGGUGUGUUAUUUUGUGUUCCCGCAGAGAGAUUGUGUGGUAAAGUCAUCAAACUAUAAGCCAUUCACGUACUCUGAGUUUGAAGCUCAAGUUCAGGCUGAUGUUCAGUCUCUUGGGACCAAGGUCGGCCUUCAUAGAUUCAGCCCUAAAUCUCCACUCUUUCUCUGA